AUGGAGCCCUUGACUCACAACGACAUGAAAGACUUCGUUACCUCCAAGUUCUAUGCAGAGCCGGCCUUUGUCGAGCUCCGCAUGGCAGAGCAGGACUUUGCAGAUCAGCUCAUCGAGUCAAUCGUGGAAAAGGCUGCUGGCGUAUUCCUGUGGGUGCACAUUGUCGUCACGUCUCUGAUCGCGGGUAUGGAGUCCGGUGAUAAAAUUUCAGACCUCAAGGCGCGGCUGGAUUUACUACCACCGGACCUCUCUCUUCUAUACGAGAAAAUACUCACAAGCCUUGAUCCGUCCUACCUGGGUCACGCCGCGCAACUCUUCCGCCUCGUGGAUUCGAGCCCAGAGCCGAUCAACCUGCUUCUGGUAUCGUUUGUUGACGAAGACGCCCCUUCGUUUGCUUUGCAACGGUCACUCCGUCACAUAGAAGACAGCGAGAUAAAAUAUCGCAUGGAUACCAUGCGACGUCGCAUUAACAGCCGGACUAGGGGCUUACUAGAAGUCCAGGCCAACAUCCGGUUCGAUCAGGCACUGCAUAUACCGAAGACCAAAUCGAAAGCUGCACAGUGCAGUAUCUGCAUCGAACCGUCAAGGAUUACAUCCAGAGAGAAGAUACCCGGACGCUCCUGCGCUCCGCGACUGUGUCCGGGUUUGACCCCUAUCUGA